UGGAAGGCCUUGGAUUUCGCGGCCCUUAAGAGGAGUUCAGUCUCGUUUUUCGAAGAAGACAAGCAUGAGACGGCCGUUUCAAAGUGGGCGCGGGCACGGACGAGAGCUGCCAAGAUCGAUCCACGUCAUCGGUAUGGACACAAUUUGCACCUCUAUUACAAAAUGUGGUUCAAAAGCGAAAGCGAACAGCCCUUCUUUUACUGGUUGGAUGUUGGAGAUGGGAAGGAAGUAAACCUCGAGAAGUGUCCGAGGACAAAUCUACAACGGCAAUGCAUCAAAUAUCUUGGACCCAAAGAGAGAGAAGCGUACGAAGUCACGAUUGAAGAAGGGAAGCUCGUGUACAAGCAAAGUGGUGCAUUGGUGGACACAGUCGAGGGCUCGAAAUGGAUAUUUGUUCUUAGCACGAUGAGAAAUUUGUACAUUGGGCAGAAGCAAAAGGGUCAGUUUCAACACUCGAGCUUCCUAGCUGGCGGAGCCAUAACGGCUGCUGGAAGAUUGGUUGCUCAUGCUGGAGUUCUCGACGCUAUUUGGCCGUACAGCGGUCACUAUCUCCCGACCGAAGAGAACUUCAACGAAUUCAUAAGCUUCCUAGAGGAGCAUUGUGUUGAUCUCACAAAUGUAAAGGCCUCGAUUCCAACAGAAGCUUCUACUUCGAAUCUCAAACAAUUGGAAACCAUUAACAGCACGUCUAACGAAAACGGGCCAGCAGGAAAGCCCGAAACCACGUGCCAUGAGGAGAAUAAGCCCGUUUACACCUUGGCCAGGCGCAUGUCCCGCAAGUGGAGCACUGGGCUCGGGCCGCGCAUCGGGUGUGUGCGUGAGUAUCCAGCCGAGCUCCAGUUUCGGGCCCUCGAGCACGUCAAGCUCUCGCCCAAAGUGUCCUUUGGCAACUAUGGCCCAAUCCCAUCUCCUAGGCCCAGCCCGAAAAUCAGGCUCUCUCCUAGAGUGGCGCAUUUGGGCCUGCCGAGCCCAAGGACCCCUAUUCCUACAGCUAAC